UCCGGAACCCUCAGCCAAUCAGCUGCCUGGCUGCAUGAAGCUGUGUGUUUCCCGAGUUCAGUGUGUUUUCAUUUCGGGGAACGGAGCAUGGUUCCUUGAAUAACAGCCCUGCCAACUUGCGACACCGGCUGGAGACCAGAGACAAAGUAACGGCCAAUGAGAGAACUAUUUAUCGCUUGAUGCUUCGACGAUGGAGGACGCACGUAGUGGACGGAGAAACCCGUCUGCCGCGGGGAGUAACGUUAGCAACAGAUCUGCCGCCGACAGCCAAGAUGGCGGACUGAGUCCCAGUUGUGGGUCUCCAACGGCUUCAGAUCACCGAGGGUCCGAGGUUAUAGACCUUCUGAGUUGCCCGGAAACCAAGCUGUCGGAGAGAAAGUCCUCGGCCUCGAACCCGGUGCACCUCAGACACAUGCCCAUGGAGCCGCUCAAGUUCCACAUCCCGAGGAAGAACAAGGAGACGAGAGCUCUGUUCCAGUAUGUGUCAAGCGAGUCCAGGGAGUUUGAGGACAUGCUGACCAUCCUAACGUCCAGCUACAAGGACAGCAGCUCCUCACUCUGCUUCACCUACAGCAAGCCUAGACUGGUGCACAAUGCUGUGCUGGAGGGACAGUUUGUGGAGAAAAGAAAGGAGAUGAAGAGUGAAGGGAGGACGGAGAACGAGCUGGAGGAGAGCUACUGCUUCUUAUUAGCUGAUGCUGUCAAGCUGCCGUGGAUGUGUGAGAAGGGCUUGUUGACGGGACACAGCUGGGUCACGGCUCUGGGGAACCCCAGUAAAGGAGUGUAUCUGUCAAAGUUCUCUGACCUGCUCCAGAACAACUCCUUCAGCCCUGGCUCCUCUGGGGAGAUCCUCAUCUUCAAGGUCAUGAAGGGGAAGGUGAAGAGCAUCUAUGAAAGUAUGUCUAAGAACCUCCUGGACCCCACGCCGCGCUUCGACAGCCACGUUUCCAAAAAUGCCAGCAAGGUCACCUCACUGACCUCGUACCGUGCCUUCGAGCUCACACAGCAAUACUUCUACGAGUAUUGGUUCGACGAGGUGAGACCGCAGCCCCGACAGGUGUGUCCCUACGCUGUGGUCUCUUACUCGUUCAAAGGAAAAGAUACCCCACUCCCAAGCAAGCCCCUCCCCCCUCCCAGAUUGAACAGCCAAUCAGCAGGCGGGAGUAAAGAGCGUGCUCAGUUUGUGGUGUGGAGCGGGGCCCUGGUGAAAGGAGAACAGCACCUGCUCCACCUCUCCCUGCGCUCCUUCUCCCCUCCUCUCCUGCCCUGCAGCCUACCAGAAAAGCUGGAGAUUGAUUGGCUGAUGAGUCUGAACCAUGUGACCGAGCACCUCCCCGCCUCUCUGUUCUGUUGGAACCUCUACACUGGCAGCCAUGAAGUGGUGAAGAGCGGCUGGUUCUGUAGUCUGCUGGAGGUGUCGGAGCGGAGAGGCUCCGGACCCGACGUUGGCAAACUACUGCUGCAGCUGGAGGAGAGGAAACUGGUUCUAUUAUGUCCACUUCCUGAUAGUGGCUUCCUAAUCCUGCUUUCCAGUGUCCAAAUGGCCGCGCCUCCUGAGAGACCAGCCUUGUGGAAGAGAUGUCUUCAGGCCCUGUUCGUCUUCCCAGAGUCCAGAGACAUGGCUAGACCCAGAGGCUGUCCGUCCUCCUAUGAUGCCACGGGGCUUGUACCUCGGGGGGUGGAGCUGGGGCAAUUCGUCCCAGCGCUCCAUCACGCGCUGGUCAAGGCCCGGGCCAACCCCCCCACCGAGCUGGCGGCUGGUGUGGAGAGACAAGCUGGUCUCUACCUGGCCGGCAGGAGGGACCGCACGGUGCGGGCCUACCCCACGCCAGUGUAUGACUCUAAGCUGGAUGACAGAGGGAAGCUGUUUCCGGCUCCCAAACACCACCGUCUCAACAUGGAGGGCUACCUGCGCUCCUACCUCUACAGCCCGGUCUUCUACCAGCUCCCCUUGGGCCACGCCAACCGCCUGCUGGAGCUCCACCCACCUCCCGAUGAGGAGGAGCCGGAGGGGGCGGAGCCACUGACAGAGCCGGGGGCGGAGCCAGUCCCUGAGCAGACCAUCCCUUUGAAGGUGUUCAAGAGAAGCAGUGUGCGUGACCCCAGGACAGCAGGAGCCCGGGAGGAAGAGGCACCACAGGGGAGGAAGAGGAGUCUGGAGGAGCUCACUGACCCAUCGCUCAAAAGAAUAUACCAUGGGGAAGAGCCAGGAGCUUGUCUAACAGCUGACAGCAGCCCAAAGCCCGCCACCGGCUGCUCUCUCUCCUCUGUAAUUGGUUCAGGGGUUUUGAAGGACGUGGAUCUCCGAAGAGACGGACCUGAGGCUGCCAACAAGCUUCUCAACAUUCUUUCAGGUCUCAACCAACACAGUGAAGCAGCCAUUCAGAGUGGUGCAGAAGAGGAAGCGCGUGACAGGCUUGCUGGCAGGCUGGGUCUGCCCGACAGCGGUGACCUGGACCUCCGGAAACACCAGGAACUGGAGGUGCAGACUGGAGGAAGUGUGAGCAGCAUGGAGGGCUUCAGCCCGGGCUCCCACACUGGGGAGUUGACUCCUCAAGCAGCGGCCCAGGAAGAGGAAGAGAAAGAGAGGAGGGGAGGAGGAGACAAAGAACACCUUAUCCCUUGGGUUCUCAUCCCCAUUACAGGUGUCUGUUGUGACAAGUACAGCCAGCAACAGGUGCAUACCCCCCGGGACCCCCGCCUCUCGCAAACGGCCAGGGACCCCAGCAACUCCACUGGGGCCCCUAGCACUGUUCCCCCCUCUUCCCCUGAGCUCUCCAUCCCUACCUCCCCCCCUCCUUCAACCCCCCCAGGACCUUUCACCACCUGUCCCUUUAACGAGCUCCAGACUGGCUCUGUCGAGGUCCAAUUACCGCCCCCCGCCCCCUGGCAACCGGCAGGUGUUGCCAGCCAGAACAUGGAUACAACCCCUUUUCUUGCGGAGACCACGCACACGCCUUCUCCGUACAACUCUCCACAGCACAAGGAGGUAGUGGAGCAAAGAGAGGAAAUGGCACUGUUGGAGGAGGAGGAGGAGGAGGAGGAGGAGGAGGUGAGGAUGGAAUCAUCAAAACACGAGAGGGAGGAGGCCAGAGCCCCGGCCGUCGCCUCCCCUUCCCCUGCUCCCCUUCUCCUCGAGGACGUGGACGGUAUUGUGAUGGAGAACCUGGGAGUAUUUUCCUUGGACAUACAGCACCUCCUGCAGGAGGUGAACAUCACCUGCAGCGCCCGGCCUCACACACUGCGCACACACCCCAGGCAUCGCACAGUCUCUACGGAGCACAAACCAUCGACAGCACGCACACACUCUGUAGAACACAGCCCAUCCACAGCGUUUGCACGGUCUGUAGAACGCACGCCCUCAACAGAACCCACCCCCCCUGCAGCACCUAGCAGGAGGCUAGCAGGCUUUUCUCAGUACGUGUCAUUAUUCAGCACCAGCACGCCGAUCCAAGAAUUUGUUUGCUCUCUGAGGAACGACAUGAGCAGCUUACUGCAAGACACUCAGGCUACAGGUACUGAUAGCCUGGCUAACUCUAGCCUGGCUGAAGACAGCAGGACUGAAACCAAUGUGACACUAGCUAGCAGUAUCUCUGACUUCUUGGCCGGAAUGCGAGCUAGUGCUAACGACGGUAGUGGUAGCAUUUGCAGUAGCUCAGAACCCCUUGGUCACAACGUGAUGUCAUCUGGGAAGGAGGUGGAGUCUGGACCCAGCAGUGGGUCAGGCUUCAGCACUCCUCUCCUCCAGCCCCUCACAGAACACCCUCCACCCUGUGAAGCCCCUCCCCAGCCCCUGCUGGGACCCACACAACCCUCCUGGUGUCCCCAGCAACCGCCUGGGUUGCUUGGCAACAGCAGCAGUACCAUCGGCAGCAGUCUGGUGGAUGCAGACGGUGAAGGGAGUCUGUCUGUGCUAAGAGACAGACCCUGCCCUGACCUUGUCCCAGAGCCUGACCCUAUCCCUGACUCGGGCCUGGGCCUGUGCCAGGCUCCCCCGCCAGGAGCCAUCAGCUCCCUGAUCAGCCAACUGCAGCCAGAGGUGUUCAGCAAUCUUGUGGAGAUCAUCAAGGACGUGAAGAGGAACUCGGUCCAGUUCUACGUACACAACUCUGAGCCAGAAGACCUGCUCUACGACCAAAUCAGGGGCAAUGAGCAGGGCAAUGCAACAUGGCCUGUCGUACCAUAUCCAGGGGGUGCUGCCUGGGCCCCUUGCCCGCCUGGUUCCUGGCCUGGGCCCCCAUCUCCCCGGCGGCCUGGGGGGAAGCGAACCGGGGUCUGCUGUGAGACGUGCCAUAAGCCUGAAGGGGAGACCAUGUUGUUUUUGCAGCGGGAUCUCCUGAUUGGCAAAACAGGCGUUUGCCCCACUUGUAUUGUGACAGUUGGAGGGAAGAAGUGGGAUAUGUUCUUGGGGGCCAUCCCAGGGCCAAUCACUUGGGGCGAGGGAGUCCACGAGCCAGGGGACUUUCCCGAACCUUGCAUCAAGGGUUUUCUUAUCGGUGCGUCUGAGGAGCCCAACCCCAUGCAGUGGCGGAGGAUGCAGGGUAUUAGCAGGGACGUUCAAAGGGGGGAGAUAUGCAGGUGGUAUGUUACUGAUGAGCAAGGUGGCGGCAUAGAACAGGGCUGGGUCAGGGUUGGCGGACAGCUCAGUCUGGUUCUGAGCAGGAACUGGAGAGGAGCUAGGUUACCCUCAGCAUUCUCUCGUGAUCCUUUUACCUUGGUGCUGAAAAAGAAAACUUCUCCGAGACCCCGUCGGGAAAAUAGGGGCACGGUUGGGCAGCCGAAAAGGGCCAACAAGGAUGAGCCACGACGUGGUCAUGACAAGAGGAAUAUCAGUCAUGACAGAGCGGAACGGGGGGCCAUGGAGAGCAAAAGGAAGCUGCCCAAACCUCGGCAGACCCCUACACGGUAUACCCAUUCCCCCAGUGGCAAGGCAACCACAGACACUGAUAGGAAGAAAAAAAGAAGAAGGAAGUAGUACGUUUCAGUGGGCUUGACAUAAUGACCACAUCCCAGAAUGACCUGGGUUAUGAACCAACACAGCCCGAUCCGAUUGGACUUGGAGACCCCUUUUUGUGUCCCCUUCUGUCUUGAGUUUGAUAUGGCUCCUACCCUGCCUGAGAGAUUCAACUUUUUCUAACUUAAGAGCCAACUAGCUCGAUUGACCCUGGCAUCCCUGUUCGGUUUCAACCUCUGGUCCUUACCAUCGCAGCACCUAUGGUCAAGUCCCAACCUAUAUCCUGAUUUCAAUGCACUCUCCCCUCACAAACUCUCCGCAACACACUGCCUCACUACACUUCACGUCAAACUCUGAGGUCCACUGGCCAACACCUUCUAACUGUUCCUCCAAAUCCUCUUAAAACGAGAUUGUGCCUUUGGGGCGGUGGCACCCAGACUUGUAUUCGAUUUCGACUCUACGGACAUUGCUUAAAAUGCACUUAAAGGGGACCUAUUAUGCUUUUUCGGCUUUAAUGACCUAUAAACGUUUUUUAUAAUGAUUGAGAGUCUUGUUUAACCAUACUAAAGUGUCAAAUAAUGACGUACAUGCAUUUAGACGUAUUCCCUGCUGACAGUCUGGGGCGGCUGUGCAGAGCGCUAAACACUCGGGACAACUUUGCGAUUCACUUGUUCACAUUUCCGGAAAAUCAUCUACCUAGAGGCACUCCUGCCACGCCCCCAUAUGCCUGGUCAAAUCUGCACGCGCAAGUACAGAAAAGUAGUAUAAUAGGUCCUUUUUUAAGACAUCUUUUUAGACCUUUGUGGAAAAAAUCUACUUUGGUUCAGCUUUGGGGUUUUCUUGGAUUACGGUUACGGAAACACAAUAUUCCCAUGUAUGGGAUUGAUGUCUAAAUAUAAAGGGAAAAAAAACAGGGAAGCUUUUCCUGGCCCCCGGACAAGACAGUUACAGAAAAGAGUUGUAUUUCUGUGUCACUUUAGGUUAUUUGUCUUUAUCUCUUCAACUGGUUUUAUUUGUAAUAAAACAACUGGAUGUUCUUAUUUUGGACAGCCACACCCUGUGUAUAGUUUUUAUUUAUUAUGUCCUCUUUGUUAUCUUGUAUGUGUGGUGAGAGACAGCCUAUGGGGAGGGAGUCUAUAGGGAUACAGAGCCAGCAUCACAGCCAUCUAGACCAGGGACGUACAGAAGGUAAUUAGGGUGCGGUGUCUUGCCUCUGGUUAUGGGAAACAGAUUUUAAACGGGCAUAAGGUAUACUUUGCUUCAAUGUCCUCAGAUGCAGAAUGACACGUCACGGGCUGUAAAUAGUUGAAGGCCUGUGUGCUGCAUAACGUUGUACACGCAAGACUCGAUAGAACAAUCGCUUACAGCCUGUGUGUCUGUGUGUGUGUGUUCUAGGAGUAUCUGCUCUCCCAGGGACAUGUAGAACAAAGUCCGGUGACCUUUCUGGAACAAGAGGGUCCAGGAGAGCGGUUCCUGGUGGUGAUCCAGA